AUGAGUGAAUUGUGCCCAGUCUACGCUCCAUUUUUUGGUGCCAUUGGAUGUGCUGCUGCCAUCAUUUUCACAUCAUUCGGUGCAGCCUAUGGUACUGCUAAGUCUGGUAUUGGUAUCUGCGUUACAUGUGUCUUGAGACCAGAUUUGUUGUUUAAGAACAUUGUUCCUGUUAUUAUGGCAGGUAUUAUUGCCAUUUAUGGGUUGAUCGUUUCUGUGCUGAUUGUUUACUCACUUGGUCAAAAGCAAGCUCUUUUCACAGGGUUUAUUCAACUAGGUGCAGGUUUAUCCGUCGGUCUGAGUGGGUUAGCGGCAGGUUUUGCCAUUGGUAUCGUUGGUGAUGCUGGUGUUAGGGGUAACUCUCAACAACCAAGAUUAUUCGUCGGUAUGCUUUUGAUCUUGAUUUUUGCAGAAGUUUUGGGUCUUUACGGUUUGAUCGUUGCGCUAUUGCUAAACGCUAGAGCCACUCAAGACGUUGUCUGUUAA